AAACUGGGAAAAGAUAAUACAAAGGUCAACUGUAGAGAACAAUUUGUAAUCUAACGUUUUUAGAUGGGUAAUUCCAGUCAAAUGCCAGUUAUCUGUGGUUGUAACUAAUAAGUUUGCCUUUGUCUCUACUUUUGCAAGUGACUAAGUGGUAUUUGGUUUUCUCCUUGUCUUUGGCUCAUAAUGACUGACUGCAAAGUAACCAAAUUCCUUUUCUGUAGUAAUUAUGAUAUAUCUUUUAUGAUUGUUAUCAAUCUAUUGCUCAUAACCACUAAAUUCCUGUUUCCACACUGAAACAAAAGAAGUUUUAUUUGUGAUAUAUAAAAAUUAAGGAGCAUGUCUAUGAAUAGUCAUUGGGUGUGUAUUAGUUCAAUUGCUACACUGAAAAGGCAUCCAAUAUUUCAUAACUUCAGGAAAAGUAACUCAAUAAUUGUAUAUUUUAUGUAUAUUUUACAAUACACAGACAUCUAUGGUUUUGUUUAUAUUCUUUCCAAAAUGAGCUCGAGUGGAGUCUAAAAUCUUUUCCCUGUGGCUUUGAACGCAUCGUAGUAUUAUCCCUGACGUCACGUAAUGUUUGGCGCUGACUUUCGUGCAGCUGGUCUCCGGUCAGUUUUACAGGCUUAAUCAGGCCAUUAGACCAACGGUGCUAACAGAAUACAAACUGACGUCAGAUCCGUGAACGGAAACGGAAACUGGAGUAGCACUUACGUCGCUUGGCGCGUUUGUCCAAGCUGUUGGCGCCACUGACACAAUUCAUAGAGUGCUGUAGCUGGAAGGAGCUAGUUGAAUAUUUCAGUAAACUUUUCCUUUUGGCACUGAAUAAUCUUUUCACAGACAUGACGAAGCUCUCAGAGGGUGCGAUAGAGUCUCUUUCAAAUGGCACCGGUGGCAACGACGCAGUGCUUCAGUUGGUGAACAUUCGCAAGAUUGAUGGGGGAAACGGCCCGGCUCGCUUUCGGGUGAUGAUGAGUGAUGGACGCCACACUCUGUCCUCCUUCAUGCUUUCCACUCAGCUGAACUGCCUGGCAGAGGAGAACAGACUGGCCCCCAACUGCAUCUGUGUUCUGAAGAGGCAUGUGACCAACAUACUGAAGGAUGGACGUCGGGUGGUAAUCAUUUUGGAAAUUGAUGUCAUCAAGCCUGCUGAAGAAGUUGCUGGGAAAAUAGGCGACCCUACUGCUUACACUGAGGGUCACACUAAAGGCCCGCAGUCAGCUCCAAACCCCGAAAGCCGCCCUCCAUUGCACCCGCAGAAUAGAAAUGAAGUGAACAGAGGUUUCAGUAGAGACUUUGGAAAGAAGCCCCCAUCUGCUAUCCCCAGUACUCCAGGGGGAAGCGCCAAAGUUGUGCCCAUUGCCAGCCUCAACCCCUACCAGUCCAAGUGGACCAUCCGUGCUCGUGUAACCAACAAGAGCACCAUCCGUACAUGGAGCAACUCUCGUGGUGAUGGCAAACUCUUCUCCAUGGAGAUUGUGGAUGAGAGUGGAGAGAUACGAGUGACUGGCUUCAACCAAGAGGUGGACAAGUUCUACAGCCUAAUUGAGGUUGGCAAGGUCUACUACAUCUCCAAAUGCUCCCUGAAGAUCGCCAACAAACAGUACACAUCAGUGAAGAAUGACUAUGAGAUGACGCUCAAUGGAGAGUCCUCAGUCAUCCCCUGUGAAGACAGCAGUGAUGUUCCCAUGGUGCAGUGCGACUUCAUCUCUAUUGGUGACCUGGAGAACAGAGACAAAGAUGCUGUCGUUGAUGUGAUUGGAGUUUGCAAGAGCGUUGAAGAGGUGACCCGCCUCACAACAAAGACCAACAGAGAAGUGUCAAAGAGGACACUCAACCUGAUGGACAUGUCUGGGAAGGUGGUGACUGUCACGCUGUGGGGAGAGGAAGCAGAAAAGUUUGAUGGCUCUGGACAGCCCAUUGUAGCCAUUAAGGGGGCGAAGCUUUCAGACUUUGGAGGCCGGUCGCUCUCUGCAUCCUUCAGCAGCACCCUGAUGAUCAACCCAGACAUCCCUGAGGCAUAUAAGCUCAGAGGCUGGUAUGACAAGGAGGGCCAUGCCAUGGAUGGACAGUCUCUGACAGAGUUGAAAGGUGGCAGUGGGGGAGGAAACACCAACUGGAAGGCUCUAUCUGACGUUAAGACCGAGCACCUGGGACAUGGAGACAAGGCUGACUACUACACCUGCAUUGCUACCAUUGUGUACCUGCGCAAGGAAAACUGCCUUUACCAGGCCUGCCCGAGCCAAGACUGCAACAAGAAAGUGGUAGACCAACAGAACGGCAUGUUUCGCUGUGAAAAGUGUGACAAAGAGUUCCCGAACUUCAAGUACCGCCUCAUCCUGUCUGCCAACAUUGCAGAUCACGGAGACAACCAGUGGGUGACUUGCUUCCAGGAGAGUGCAGAGGCCAUCUUGGGCCAGAAUGCAGCUUACCUGGGGCAGCUCAAGGACUCGAAUGAAACUGCCUUCGAUGAGAUCUUCCAACAAGCCAAUUUCAACACGUUUGUCUUCCGGAACAGAGUGAAGCUAGAAACGUAUAAUGAUGAAUCCAGGAUCAAGGCAACAGUGAUGGAUGUGAAGUCUGUUGACCACAAGGAUUACAGCAAGAGGUUGAUCAUGAACAUAAGGAAACUGGCUGCCCAGUAGGAACCUGCAAUCUAUGCCAAGUCUUCUGGUUUUGCUUUCUUUUUCAGGCUUUCCUUUGUUUCUGUACUGUACAGCCAAUAAAAAGCUCUAAGUGUAUUACAGAUUUUUGCUUAUAAAGUAUCUGUGUUAAGUCAUUGUUUUACCUCCCUUGUAAAUGACUGAUCCUCAAAGGUACUAGUGGAGUACUAAUGGAGUGAAUGUUCACCUUUCUUUUGUGAAAUAAUGAUUGGUGGCCUGGUUCUGGAAGCUGUCUUUUCUGGUGAACAUAUUAGACAAGGAUUUUUUUUCUUUCUUUCUAUGUGGCAAAGCAGAGCAGAGUGGGUCAGUAAGCCACAAAAUAAAUGAUCACUGUCUGUCUUAAGUCAGUCAGUUGUUCCUGCAUAUACUGUGGUCAUGUGGGAGUGGUGCUUGCUUUCAGCAGACGACCAGCACAGUAGCUAGCCCUCUUUUCACCCUCUGACGUGCACUGAAAAUGGCUCAGCUGGACCUGCACAUCCCUGAUAAGACGGUUUACUCUCCCACUCUUUUUUGCUCUGUCUCUCACAUACUUGCAAACAUAAGCACAUAUACACAUGCACAGUGCAAACCAAAGGGGAAAUGUACUGUGUUAUAUUUAAGUAGAUAGAAGGUGUAUUUUCAAUGCCUGUAACUGUUUUGUGAAUUCUGUAGUUAUUUUUUUCAUGAAGAUUAAUUGUGAGAAUAAAGGUGUUUGUAGCCAA